AUGACCAUGAGGCUUGCUAGUGGUUCAGUUCCAGAAGAUGUAUAUGAAGCUAUCGGAAAAUUGAUGUUCGCUUACGGCGAUGAAGCUAAACCGCUCCAGAGAAGUCAUCAGUUUGUUGCUAAUGUUUUGUACAACCAAAUGAUGGAUACUAUUAGUCGGGCCUCGAAUUGUGCAGCACAACGAGGAUGCAAAAGAAUUGAAUGCCUUGAUUUGUUAUUUCUUUUCCGUAAAAAACCAUUUCACCUCUUGCGUAUUUACAAUAUUGUCAAAUCAGCAGAUCUGUUAAAAGCUUUUAAUGAAACCGGUGAAGCACAGUUUGAUAUAUUAACCGAAGCUCCAAGCAGUAGUUCAAGUUUUUGUGGGAAAGCAGCCCAAGCAAUAUAUGAAUCUAUUGGGUUGUUUGAUGUAACAGGUGAACUUCAAUUAUAUUUGAAAGACGAAACAAGAAUAGACGUUGAAAAGCGUGAACGGCUGAGAAGAUUGUCUGAACGCGCAGCACAUAUGGAUGAAUUUGAAUACAAAAAUUACACAUUAGCUCGAGCAUACAGCUUUUGCGCUGGUCAUAGUAUUAGGAAAGCUAGAAUUAGACGGUUUUUGAAGUGGCUAGGAGAUCCUGAAAUAGCUCCCAAUGCUUUGUUAGUUCUGAAUUAUAUAGCAUGUGAGAUGAUUUGUCGUAUAGUCGAAGGUGCUUUAUUAUCGCGGAAAGAAGAAGAUAUGAAUCGUCUGGAUGAUGUCUAUCCCUUAAAAGCCUUGCAGCUAAAACAUUAUGAGGAGUCUCUGCGUAGGAACGAAGCGUACAGAAUCGGUGGUAAUAUUGUUCUAGGUUCUUAUUACUGCUAA